GUUUGAACACUCGAGAAGUUCUCGUUUACAAGAACUGUACCAACAACUGCACUUUUUUAUAUCAAAUGGAUGUGCCCCCCGAAGCCCCAAGAGUCUUAAGAACUAAUAGCUUCUAUUUCGUCCGCUGUUGUAAUGGUAUGACUUGUAACGAAGGAGGACCCACUAACAUGGAGAGGGACAUCCCAAAUGACUACACUCUGGAGGAAGAGUUAGAAGGAACUGUGUGCUUGGGGGAGUCAACAUUGCUCCUGAGCAUUGCCUGCCUCCUCGUCGGCCACACACUGACAUGAGAAGCCCCCUUGGAGGGUCUCAUCUCUCCCCUCAUUCCUCAGAGCAAGUUCACUCUCCUUUCCUCCCUUGUGAGCCUGGGACACCGACCCACAGGGCCCCAGUGGGCCAGCUGCCCAUUUGCAAGUUAUUUCAAGAGAGAAAUAAAGUGCAUUACUAUUUGG